UUUUAGGGUAAUCAAUGGGACUUAGUCAACAGGUGGCAGAUGUAUACGCAGGUCAAAGUGUGUUGGUCACUGGUGCAAGUGGCUUUCUUGGCAAAGUUCUCAUCGAAAAAUUAUUGUAUUCAGUAGACUCAUUAAAAAACAUUUACUUGUUAAUUCGUCCAAAAAAUGGACUUGGUCCAAAGCAACGAAUGGACAAAAUUGUUCAGGGUCCUCUGUUCGACCGAUUGCGUCGGUUCAAUCCAGAAAUAUUCUCUAAGUUGAUUCCAGUCGGUGGUGACAUUAUGGAAGAGGGUUUGGGCCUCAAUCAACUGGAUAUGCAAACUAUCUGUGAUGAAGUUUCUAUCGUAUUCCAUUGUGCGGCAACCGUGAAGUUUGAUGAAGCUUUAAAAAUAUCUAUAGAAAUGAAUGUUCUCGGGACACAGCGACUCGUUGCUCUUUGUCAUACGAUAAAAAAUCUACUUGUGCUGGUUCAUGUCAGUACAGCAUAUGCAAACUGUGACAAAUCAGAGAUACUAGAGGUAGUUUAUCCACCUCCUGUUCCACCAAAUAAACUUUUCGAGGCGAUCGAUUGGAUGGAUGAUGUAGUAAUUGAUGCUAUCACACCACAUUUGCUUGGUAAACGGCCGAACACUUACACUCUAACAAAAGCUCUUGCUGAAGUGCAACUGAUGGAAGAUGCGAGACGGUUACCGGUAAUUAUUGUGAGGCCGUCAAUAAUAGGAGCCAUGUGGCGAGAUCCACUUCCUGGUUGGACAGAUAAUUACAAUGGACCAACAGGAAUUUUUGCUGCUUGCGGCAAGGGUGUAUUGACAAACAUGUGUGGUAGCAGCUCAGCGAAAGCGGAUAUAAUACCAGUCGAUAUCGUUUCGAAUUUGAUGAUCGUUGCUGCGGCUCACAGAACUUACACCGAGUAUGAAUCGAUACCGGUAAUACACUGCUGUUCAGGAGCAUUGAAUCCCGUUCAGUGGGAUUUUAUUGUUAAUUUCAUCGAACGCUUUUUCCGCACUUAUCCACUGAACGAAUGCUAUCGCAUCCCGUCAACUCACUUUCACUCCUCUAGACUUUUGUUCGAAUUCAAUUUUUAUCUGAAGCAUAUGGGUCCUGCUUAUCUCAUCGAUCUUCUGAACACAUUCUGGGGUCCGAAAAUAAGAUUUACUCGUAUCUAUCAGAAAGUUUUGAGACUAGUUGAAACGCUCCAUUAUUUUACAACUCGAGGUUGGGAUUUCGAUUCCAAAGGUCUCAUUGAGUUAUGGGAAACAACUUCAGAGAAGGACAAAAAAAUUUUCAAUUUUGAUAUACGGCAACUGGAUUGGGAUUCGUACCUGUUCGAUUACCUUAUGGGCGUUAAGCGAUACGUCGUUAAAGACCGUUUGGAAGAGCUUCCAAAAGCAAGGCGAAAUCUUUCCUGGCUGAAGCUAUAUGCUGCAAUUUUCAAUGCUCUAAUGUGGUGGAUUUCUGUACGUAUAUUUGCAAGACAACGUUCUAGAAGAUAUCGCUGGUUUGGUGGGAGUAUCGGGUUUCUGUUAACGUAUAUUUGGUCGAAUUACAAUUUUCGUCCACCAGUUCGUUUGAAAAGCCUGGAAGAAUACAAACAAAGAACAAGUUUUUAAGUGAAACAUUGUGUUUAGAUAUUGAGCUACUGUGGUAGGGAUAAGUUUUGGGUUGAAUACACUAUUUAGUCACUUUUGAAUUUCAAGGUUUCACUUGUCGAUUUAUUUGCAAAGUUGUCCGUUUGUUUUAAUAAUCUCCACAUUUCUCCUAGUCCUCUCGUGUUUGUAAGUUAGACGAUAUUUAUGUUCUACGAUUGUUAUCAGUGUAUUGUAGAAACGGUCGUCCAACUUCCCAAAGUUUUUUAUUGCUGAAAUUAAAUACUUGUUCUCGUUAUAAACAGUGUAGAGUUCAUUGGAAGCUCCUUCAUAGUGAUUUGUGAUAUCCACUGACGAGUGCACUGUAUAUAAACCAUCACCUGUCCUUUUACUUCAAUACAAUAAAGGAUUACGAUGGUGUUACACGCAGAAACUGAA